UGUUUUCUUUCUUUCGGACUUUGACGAGGUACAUCAUCAUUACAUUCCUUGUCUCUCUUUCUUUCUUUCUUUCUCUCCUCUUGUGUCUGUCUCUCUGCUUCAAUUUCAAUGCAACUCUUUCCUCUUCGCUGACACAAAAUCACUCUCAACUCAACUCACACCCUUCUCGAAUAGUACCAUCACUUUCCGCUACGCAAAACCCCUCCUACUUCAAUUGCAAUGCAGACUAGGACUGUUCAGGUGAAGCAGGUUUCAGAUCUAGCUGGUGAAAGAGAGAUUCAUGAGUUUUUCUCUUUUUCUGGUGAAAUCGAGCACGUUGAGAUCCUCAGUGAAUAUGGGAAAUCAAAGACUGCAUUUGUGACAUUUAAAGAUGCCAAAGCGCUUGAAAUUGCAUUGUUGUUAUCGGGAGCAACCAUAGUAGACCAGAUUGUGAGUAUAACUCCAGUUGAGAACUAUGUACCAAAUCGUGAGAUGCUGGAAGUAACGGUGGUGGAAAAUGCUAUAAAUGUUGCUCCUGAACAUGUCUCGUUGAAUAUUGAGGAGGAGAAACCCAGCUCACCCAGCUCUGUCAAUGGAAGAGUGUAUCUUAGUAGAGCACAAGUUGCAGUUAGUAGUAUGCUGGCAAAAGGUUCUGCAAUAAAGCAAGAUGCCGUAAACAAAGCUAAAGCAUUUGAUGAAAAGCAUCAGUUGACUUCUAAUGCAUCUGCAAAGGUGAUUUCUUUUGACAAGAGAGUUGGAUUGACAGAGAAAUUGACAGUUGGCCUUUCUGCAAUGAAUGAGAAAGUGAAGUCUGUGGAUCAGAGGCUUCAUGUUUCUGAUAAAACAAUGGCAGCUAUAUUUGCUGCUGAAAGGAAGUUGAAUGAUACUGGAUCAGCUGUCAAAACAAGCAGAUAUGUGACUGCUGGAACAUCAUGGUUAAAUGGAGCUUUUAGCAAGGUGGCAAAGGUUGGACAUGUUGCUAGUACUAGGACUAGAGAGAAGUUUAAUAUGGCUGUUUCAAACUUGACAGCAAAGGAUUCUCCAGUGGCUGCUGUAUAGACCAGAGUUUUGAUGAUCAAACUUUCUUCAUCAGUCUUAAGUGAUGAUCUCUUUAAGAGCAUGCAAACAAAUUGGUCUGUCAGAUUUCUUUCUGUCCUUCAACAGUUGAAAUGCAUUUGGAAGUAUGGUAAUUGGUUAUUCAAUUUAAUCCUAUUUUUUGUAUUCUUUUGUCCCUCUUCUGUGUUAGUUGUUGCUUCUAUGUAAUCUAGCAUUGGUAAUAUUAUUUUUUGGGUGAAGAGGAAAGUAUAGGUGUGAUGCAAUGUAUUUGUUUUUUCAAAGUUCAAAAAAUUAGAUGUGCGUGUAAGAUUUGCAAUUUGUUCUGUCAUCAACAUUUGGAAGAUUUAUUGGGGAGAUUAUUAUCUUACUGGUUUACAGAA